GCUUUCUUCCCGCCCACUUCCGGGUCUCCUCUUUUACGAAUGUUUGGGCGCGAAUUACUCUAAGCGCAGCUCCCAGAAGGGUGCAAGAAGAAUCAGUGGCACGAGUGAAGUCAAGUGCAGCCUGGGACAUUAGUGUCUGUUUUUCCAGGCGUCCUACUCACUCUUGUGCCCAUAGAGGUCUAAAUUGAGAUAAUUGAGUCCCAUGAGUAUCAACAAUCUGUCUUCAGUGGAAGGGAGCUUGAAGCUUUUAACAUUUGAAAGAAUAGACUUAUCCAGAGUACCUACUUUAUUGUCUCUCUAAAUCCACAGAUUUUUUUUUUUUGGAAGCACUGUGUUUAGAUCAAGAUGUCUGGUAAAGCAAAUGUUUCCAAGAAAAACUUUGAGCAGUUAAAAAGAAAUCCAAAGAGAAAAAAGGAUAAUGAGGAAGUUGUGUUGUCAGAGAAAAAGGUUAGAAACACAGUGAAAAGAAAUAAAAAUCAUCUAAAAGAUCUGUUUUCUGAAGGACAAACAAAGCACACUAACCUAAAACAGAUAAAGAUAGCACCCAACAAGAGAAAAACCUGGCAACCUCUGUCAAAGAGUACCAGAGACUAUUUGCAAACUAUGAUGGAAUCAGUAAUAAGGACGAUUUUGAGUAACAGAAUUAAAGAUAAAGAAGAAAUACAAUACCAUCUCAACUUCCUGAAGAACAGAUUGCUACAACUGUGUGAAACUCUGAAAGUCCCUCCCAAAAAGAUGGAAGAUUUAACUAAUGUGUCAAGGCUACUGAAUAUGGAAAGGGCAAGAGGCAAAGCUAAUGAAGAAGGUCUGGCAUUACUGCAGGAAGAAAUAGAUAAAAUGGUAGAGACCACAGAGUUAAUGACUGGGAAUAUUCAGAGCCUAAAGAACAAAAUUCAGAUUCUGGCAAGUGAGGUGGAAGAAGAAGAGGAGAGGAUAAAACAGAUGCAUCAAAUAAAUACUAGUGGAGUACUCUCUCUUCCAGAACUUUCUCAGAAAACUCUCAAAGCGCCCACACUUCAGAAAGAAAUUUUGGCACUAAUUCCAAACCAGAAUGCUCUUCUAAAGGACUUGGAUAUUCUUCAUAAUUCAUCACAUAUGAAGAGCAUGUCAACCUUCAUUGAAGAAGCCUAUAAGAAACUGAAUGCCUCUUAAAGAGUUUUUUUAUUUUUUAGAUUGUUCCAUAUUAAUUUAAUGUUCAUGAAUUUGUAAAACUGCUUAACCUAUGAUUAUAUGUACAGAGGCUAAGGCUUCUGCAGGAUUUAUUAUCUCCUGAUAUGCACUUUAAAAUUAGUCUUUGUAGGUCUAUCAUUAGCAUCUAAUGUAGUUCUGAAAACUGUGUUUAGCAGUUGCCAUAUCUAGGAAGCUAACAUUUAUAUUGCUCUAUCAAUAAGUAUUUGCCUAGAACCACAAAAUAGGAAUUGCCUUAAGGAUCAAAUAGUUUAUAAUGCCUGAAUGGAGGUCAUUUAUUGAUUAACAGCUCAUAUCAGGAACUGUCAUAAGUAAGUGUUUACAUAUAGUGUCUAGUGCAUAAAAACCUAAGCGUUUGCUGUCAUUCAUUCUGUAGCCAAUGGCUUACAUUAAGUUUCGGUCUGGUCAUCUGGAACUUGAAAAAUCCUCAAAUGCUUUCACUCUUUUACCUAAUUCCCUAGUCUUUUUUGGGAAGUAGUUAAGAUAUGCCUGGUAUCUUUAACUUUGGAGGUAGUAUCAGAAUUUUACUUCUUUGGUGGUUUAGUGAAUUAAUGUUGAAUAUUUAUUUUCUACUGUCAUCAAAACAUAUUCCCAAAAAGUACUAAAAAGGAACCUUAGCACAUUUAUUUCAUUAAAACGAAACCAAAAAAAACCCAAAAAACUUUAUAAACCUUUUCUCAUCAUGACAAUAAGCUUAUAUAUGGGAAUAAAUUAUAACCUAAUGUAUCAAAAAUUAUUUCUAACUACAGUAUACUGUCUUGGGUUUUUUUUUUUUUUUUUAAUCUGUAAAAUAAAAUGACUCUAAUUACUUUUU